GUGCUUUCUAAGUGACAUCAGACCUCAGUACUGUGUCUUGCUCACUGUCAAAGCACACUGACUGCCAUUCGCCUGCUGAUCCUCCAGUGCAGAGCACCGGAGCUCAAGCUCUCCGAAUUUGGGGAUGCACCUCUUUUAUGUCUUCCAGUAUCUCUCAGUCAUGAACUGUCCAUCAUUCUGUUUGUGAGUUUUGCUGUACUUUGGAUUCUACCUGGACUCCAUGUGGGUAGUCAAGCACAAACUCGCUACUGAAAGAUGGGCAAUGUGUCAGAAACAGCCCUGUUCGUAUCCACAAUCUCCAGACAGCACGACGUCCUCAUGGGAUCACUUUAUUCAGUGUUCUGUGUAUUGUCGCUUCUGGGAAACGGCAUGCUGUUGUUUGUAGCCUACCGCAAGAGGUCAUCUCUGAAGCCAGCAGAGUUUUUUGUCGUGAACUUGUCUGUGAGUGAUCUAGGGAUGACCUUGUCUCUGUUUCCUCUGGCCAUUCCAUCUGCUCUAGCACACAGGUGGUUGUUUGGGGAGAUAGUAUGUCUGUGCUAUGCUGUGUGCGGGGUUUUAUUUGGCUUGUGCAGCCUAACAAACCUGACUGCUUUGUCAUCAGUAUGCUGCCUCAAAGUCUGCUGCCCAAAUUACGGUAACAAGUUCUCAUCCAACCAUGCUUGUGUGAUGGUUAUUGGGGUUUGGUGCUAUGCGUCUGUGUUUGCUGUGGGACCUUUGGUCCGCUGGGGAAGUUUUGCACCAGAACCAUACGGAACCGCCUGCUGCAUAAACUGGUACAUUCCAUCCCAUGAUGCUCUUGCUAUGUCUUACAUCAUCAGUCUUUUUAUCUUUUGUUACGUUGUCCCCUGUACCCUCAUCAUCCUAUCUUACACCUUCAUCCUGCUCAGAGUGAGGGGGUCUCGCCAAGCCGUUCAAAAGCAUGUAUCGCCAAAAACCAAAGAGACCAACGCACACACUCUUAUUGUCAAGCUCUCAGUGGCUGUGUGUAUUGGGUUUCUUACGGCUUGGAGCCCAUAUGCGGUUGUUGCCAUGUGGGCUGCGUUCAGUGCCAAUAAGCCGGUCCCACCCACCGCCUUUGCGCUGGCAGCUAUCCUGGCCAAAUCCUCCACCAUUUACAACCCUAUGGUUUAUCUUCUCUUCAAACCCAAUUUUCGCAAAAUCCUGUGUCAGGAUACCCAAAACAUCCGCCACAGGAUGUGUGUGAGCCAUAGUAAGGCCAGUCCUUCACCAGAAAUAAAGGCCCAGAGCUCUCAACAAUGCAACCAAAAGGAUGCCACCAUCUCCACACCCUUUUCCAGCGGCCAGGCAGAGAGUUACGGGGCAUGUCAUGUCUAUGCAGAAGCAGAGCCACAUUUUCAGCAAAUAAGCCCACAGAGAACUGUUCGGAUUCUGGAGGGAAUCGUCCAGAGUGAAAUAUCAGUGAGACAUCUGACUGACAGAAUGCAAAACGACCUCCUGUGAGAGAAACUCAAGAAAGAAAGAAAAUGCAUGAAAUGCAAGGAAGGAGAAGAUGAUGUGAUGUGUAAAAAUUGCAGAUGUCCUAAGAUGCC